AUGGGUGGAAUUGGUGAACGGCUUCGUAUCGAACUGACUGGCCGAAGGCUUAUUUGGAACAUCAUCUGGUAUGGUGUCCACUUUUUCCUCUUUGCCUACGGGUGGUACUCACAAGCAACCAACGCCAAGCUGGCGGCUUUGAACGGUCUCAAGUUUUCCGUUUGGAUUUCACGAGGAGCGGGUCUCGUGUUGGCCUUUGACGGGGCUGUCAUCCUGGUACCGAUGUUGCGCAAUGUCAUCAAGCUGGUGCGACCCCGGUUGAUGAGGCUCUUUCCUGCGGAUGAGAAUAUCUGGUUUCACCGGCAAGUCGCGUACCAGAUGGUAUUCUGGACGAUGGUGCAUACAACUGCUCACUAUGUCAACUUUAUCAACGUCGAGAGGACGCAGGUGCGCAAACAGACUGCCUGGGAGAUUCAUUAUACCCAGCCGGGUGGAUUGACGGGACAUGUGAUGCUCCUGAUCAUGUUUGUGCUGUAUACCACGGCGCACGCGUUCAUCCGGCAACAGUGUUUUGAAGCGUUUUGGUACACCCACCACCUCGCAUUCUUCUUUAUGAUCGGACUGUAUACCCACGCCACUGGGUGUUUCGUGCGCGACUCUGUGGACCCGGCGUACACGUCUGUGUUUCCGUUCUACGAUACAGAGCACUGUCUUGGGUACGAGUCGUGGCGAUUCACCAUCUGGGCCGGCAUUCUCUACUUUGGCGAACGUAUCUACCGCGAGAUCCGGGCACGCAGAAAGACUGAAAUUGUCAAGGUGUUGGGUCAUCCCUCGGGCGCCAUGGAACUGCGAUUCUCCAAGCCGUCCUUCAAGUACAAGGCCGGGCAGUGGUUGUUCUUGAACGUCCCGGAAGUGUCCAGAUUCCAAUGGCAUCCAUUUACGAUAUCGUCUGCGCCAGAAGACCCGUUCGUGUCGGUGCACAUUCGCCAAGUCGGCGACUUUACCAAAGCCCUCGGCGCGCGGCUGGGUGCUUCCCCCAACCAAGGACUGAUCCCCGGGCAAGUCGCACAAGACGACGAAAAGGGCAAAGGCGGGCGACGGGGCGACUUUAUCCAGAUCGACCCAAAGAGUUUGGGGCUGGAGAUGCCAAAACUGAGGAUUGACGGGCCGUUUGGGGCGCCGGCAGAGGAUGUGUUUGGGUCGGAAGUGGCAGUACUGAUCGGGGCUGGUAUCGGUGUUACCCCAUUUGCGUCCAUCUUGAAGCAUAUCUGGUACGCUCAGCGGUCCGGGCAGUGCGGCGCACUUCGGCGGGUCGAAUUCAUCUGGAGUUGCCGAGAUACCGGAACGUUUGGCUGGUUCCAGUCGCUUCUGGAAGAGAUUGAGGCUGCUCAGACGGAUCCCAACUUUUUGCGCAUCUCGAUCUACUUGACGCAAAAGAUGGACUCUGACCAGGUCCAGAACAUUGCACUGAACGAUAUUGGGCAAGAUUACGACCCGUUGACGCUGCUGCAAUCGCGUACGCUGUUUGGACGUCCCAACUUUAGGCAGAUAUUCCAGUCGCUUGGCACGAGUCUCUCAAACGGGACGUAUCUUCCGGGGCUGGAGGCGACGCUCAAAACGCGGGUCGGGGUAUACUUUUGCGGUCCGUCGGCGCUGGCACGGGUGAUCCGAAGCGAGGCGCUGGAGGUGAAGAGCAAGGCUGUGGAUGUCAAGUUUUACAAGGAGCACUUUUAG